AUGGAAGAUAAAGAAAACUUUGAUGAAAGUACCUAGCAAGAACAGACAAAUUAAUUGAAAAAGUCUUCAUCAUAGAGUUAAAGUAUUAGUAGUUAUGGUUUGUCUGAAGAAGAUAAAGAAAAUAUCAGUAUAUCAGAGAAUUCCAAUUAAACAGAUCAUUUUGCCACUGUUGAAAUAGCCAACGAUAAAUAAAAAGAAUAAAUUGUUUAGAACAGAAAAGGGGAGAAAUUAGAGAUAUUUUUAGAUGACAAAAAUGACAAAGUUAGAAACUCACAAGAAUACUUAGAGUUCAACGACUUUCUUUUGGAAUGUGACAAUUACAAAAAACUUGUUAUCAGACUAAGAGGUAUUAUUAUUAUCUGUUAAUUUGGUUUAGAAAAAAAGGAGAAUUACUACUUUUUGUAUUUAAGCAAACCUAGAGACUGGUGGAAAUUUCCAACUAAAUUAAUUGACGAUGACAAUGAAAAUCUAAUCGUUAGCAUUGAGAUCAUCAACUCAAUGCUUAAGUAUGUCAAGAAAAGCAUCAAUUUUUAAAAGUUGAGAGGACCCAGAAUGAAGUUCGCUUUCAAUAAGAUGGAAAUAAGCUCUUUAUUGAAUGACCAGGAGAUUAUUAAAGCGUUAUAAUGGGUUUCUUAGAGAGUUAAAUUCAAUGAUGACAGUUUCAAGGACUACUUAGAGUGUCUAAAAUUAAUAGCAAAAAUCGCAGAUUCUUUCAAUCAUAAAAUGAAGACUCUAAUAUCCUAUAGAUUGCAAAUGAAAAGCUAAGCCAUUUUCUCUCACACCUUCUGGAAUAUCUAAUAAUUGAUAAAUGAAAAUGAAGAUGCAGUAGAUCAUAAUUAAUUCACUGCAAUACUGGAUAUGUACAGAGCCUAUGAACUUCAGAAUCAUCAAUGGGAAUAUAUUUGGGAUUUCUAUGACAUGAUUAUUAAAAUGGUUACUCAUUUGAAGAAACAAAUUGACGUUAGCAAUGAUGUUUACAGUCUCCCACAGGGUCUUUAACUAAAAGAUAUCUUUGUCUACAUCCAAAUCUUAAAAGAUCUCAUAAGAGACAUCAAACUGAGGCCAGAUACCUUGCAACUUCAAGAUUUAGUAGAGAUGGACAUUGCAGGCUUUAUGCUCUCAAUAUAUGAGCUUUUAGAUAAGAACUAUCCUCAAAAGUCUCGCUUGCAUCAUUAUGUGGAAUAAUACAUUUAUCAAAACAUAUUAGAGAUAGCAGACUCAUGUAUCCUGAACUAAGAACUAGUAUAGAUGCUCGUAGAAUCUAAUAAUUCUUAGUUCUUGAUCCUACUGAAGUAAAGUUUAUUUGAUGAGAACUCUCCUUUGUUCCACAGCUACUUCAUCAAAAGAAAGUCUCUGAAGAUUUAUCUAGAACUAUCAAAAAUAGCAGUCAUAAAUACUGAGAUCUUUGAAUGCUUCUAGAGAGAGGGAUUCAUAGAUUUAUCGUCAAUUAACUUUCAAGACAUCUACUAUCUAAACACAAAUUACAUAUUGAGAGAAUCUUUGAAGAACCUCCGAAAAGCAGAAUCUGUAAACAAGAUACUUAAUUAAUAAGUUUAUGCAGCAUGCUCAUGA